CCAUGUUGGCCAGGCUGGUCUUGAAUUUCUGACCUCAAGCGAUCUGCCCGCCUUGGCCUCCCAAAGUGCUGGGAUUACAGGCAUGAGUCACCGCACCCAGCCACAAUUGUAUUUUUAUUGGACAGAGCUGAUCUAGAGGUUAAAAUGAGGUGUUCCGGAGCUAAGCUGGCUGGAUUCAAGUCCCUACUAGCUGGUGAUCAUAGGCAAGUCACCUGGCCUCUCUGCUGCUCUCAGUUUUUUCACCUGUGAAGUAAAGGGCGUAACAGCACCUACUUCAUGGGGUUGCCACCUUGGCUGUCAGCAAAACCGUCCAUAAAAGUUGGCUGGUGUUACUACUGGUUGCAGCAUCCAUUUUUAGCAGCUGGAGCCUGUUUUCUCCUGUGAAGUGAAGAUAACCAUGCCCGACCUUAAAGGUGAUGGAAAUUUUUUAACACGUUAACGGAUAUGAGGCCUCCCACUCAGAAGCCUGACCAAAAUAACAACGGUUGCUCGGAGCCAGACGUCUCAUUGCCACUAACGAAUUAGGGACAUUUCAAGGGGCCGGCUGGAGGGGAAGGCAGUGAGCGGCAGACCCUGGAUCCCCACCUGGCCCCCUCGCAGGAAGCAGGUUGGGUCUGGAGAGGGGAAGGGAGUAGGUGGGAGGGGCUGGGGAGUAAGAAAGAGGAUGCAGGGGUGGGUGACGCUGGCUAGUAAGAGGGGAGGGGCCGGCGAGUUAAAAGGACGCAGAGGGGCGUGGGGAGCUUGCAACAUAGCUAGGGUAUCCCGGGUAGGAGCGCCGCCAGGCCCUGGGCCACAGCCGGGCCUGGCGGGGGGACCAUGGGCGCCUGGGCCUCCAGGGGCCGGGCCGCCCGGGUCCCCGCGCCGGAGCCGGAGCCGGAACCCGAAGAGGCGCUGGACCUGAGCCAACUGCCCCCGGAGCUGCUUCUGGUGGUGCUGAGCCACGUCCCCCCGCGCACGCUUCUCGGGCGGUGCCGCCAAGUGUGCCGGGGCUGGCGAGCCCUGGUGGACGGCCAGGCCCUGUGGCUGCUGAUCCUGGCCCGCGAUCACAGCGCCACCGGCCGCGCGCUACUGCACCUAGCCCGCAGCUGCCAGUCUCCCGCCCGUAACGCCAGGCCUUGCCCCCUUGGCCGCUUCUGCGCGCGCAGACCCAUCGGACGCAACCUUAUUCGCAAUCCCUGCGGCCAAGAAGGCCUCCGAAAGUGGAUGGUGCAGCACGGUGGGGACGGCUGGGUGGUGGAGGAAAACAGGACAACCGUGCCCGGGGCCCCUUCUCAGACGUGCUUCGUGACCUCAUUCAGCUGGUGUCGCAAGAAGCAGGUCUUGGACCUAGAGGAGGAGGGUCUGUGGCCAGAACUGCUGGAUAGUGGCAGGAUUGAGAUUUGUGUCUCUGACUGGUGGGGAGCCCGACACGACAGUGGCUGUAUGUAUAGACUCCUUGUCCAACUUCUAGACGCCAACCAGACUGUUCUAGAUAAAUUUUCUGCUGUGCCUGAUCCCAUCCCACAGUGGAACAACAAUGCCUGCCUUCACGUCACCCACAUGUUCUCCAACAUCAAGAUGGGCGUCCGCUUUGUGUCUUUCGAACACUGGGGCCAGGACACACAGUUCUGGGCUGGCCACUAUGGAGCCCGUGUGACCAACUCCAGUGUGAUCGUACGAGUCCAUCUGUCCUAGUCCAGGACUAUCCUUCUUGCAAGACAGCCUGACUGUGCCUUCCAGGGCCCGGAACCAUUGGCUGGGACUCACCAUUAACCAAUUGACCACUUGUACCUCCCUGGCAUACUGAGAAUUCCUGGGUCCAAUCAAAGGCCCUGAUGGGCCCCGUCUUCAGGUUCUAGAAACUACCAGAAGAAGCUUCUUCCAUCUUAUCUACCUACUGUAGCUGCUGCUUUUGGGGGGCCUACUCUACUGAGGGGAACCCACAGGUGAGCCUGGGGGAACGCCCAUCUUGGAGAAGAAUUCUCGCCCUCCCCUCUCUUCUCUUCCCACCCAAAACCCUCCGAUCCAGCCCCAGGUCCCUCUGUCCCAUCCCCUUCCCUCCCCGCCAUUGACCUCUUGUCUCCUAUUGUUUCUGCCAUAGGGACUUCUUUGGUCCCUUCAGAGAAGCCCUCUACUCGUCUCUGAACUUAGAGCCUCAUCCUUAAGGCUCAGAAAGUCCUAGCCCUAAGGGUGCGAACCUCACCUCCUGGGGCUUCCGAGCUGCAGGGCUGGGACCAGGUCAUGCAGCUGAAAAUCCACGUUAAAAAAAAAAAGUCUGGGCCGGGCACAGUGCCUCAUGCCUGUAAUCCCAGCAUUUUGGGAGGCCAAGGCAGGCGGAUCACCUGAGGUCAGGAGUUCAAGACCUAGCCUGGCCAACAUGGUCAAACCCCGUCUCUACUAAAAAUCUAAAAAAUUAGCUGGGUGUGAUGGUGCGCGCCUGUAAUUCCAGCUACUCAAGAGGUUGAUGCAGGAGAAUCACUUGAG